AUGUCUAGACGUUCAUCAUCACAAGUCGGAGACCAAAAAAAUGAUGACGCGCGUUCAGAAUAUCCAUCUCCUCCAGAAAUACCACACAAUCCUGCUGAGCGUGGUAGAGAGCUUGGUGAAGAAAAUGCCUAUGGUGGUCACAGUGUUGGUACUGGUGGUCAUGGCAACAGAAGCGGCUGUAGCAGUAGACAGCGUGUUGGUGGUGAACAUUAUACAGAUAUAUCACAGUUCACACAAGAGAAACAGCAUCCUGGAAUGAGUCCUGAUUAUGCUGAACGUGGUAGAGAGCUUGGUGAAGCAAAUGCCUAUGGUGGUCACAGUGUUGGUACUGGUGGUCAUGGUAAAGAAAGCGGCUGUAGCAGCAGACAGCGUGUUGGUGGUGAACAUUAUAAAGAUAUAUCACAGUCCACACAAGAGCAAAAGCAUCCGGGAAUGAAUCCUGAUUAUGCUGAGCGUGGUAGAGAGCUUGGUGAAGAAAAUGCUUAUGGUGGUCACAGUGUUGGUACGGGUGGUCAUGGCAACAAAAGCGGCUGUAGCAGCAGACAGCGUGUUGGUGGUGAACAUUAUAAAGAUAUAUCACAGUUCACACAAGAGCAACAGCAUCCAGGAAUGAAUUCUGAUUAUGCUGAACGUGGUAGAGAGCUUGGUGAAGAGAAUGCCUAUGGUGGUCACAGUGUUGGUACGGGUGGUCAUGGCAAAGAAAGCGGCUGUAGCAGCAGACAGCGUGUUGGUGGUGAACAUUAUACAGAUAUAUCACAGUUCACACAAGAGCAAAAGCAUCCAGGAAUGAAUCCUGAUUAUGCUGAACGUGGUAGACAGCUUGGUGAAGAAAAUGCCUGUGGUGGUCACAGCGUUGGUACGGGUGGUCAUGGCAACAAAAGCGGCUAUAGUAAGUUGACUAGUACCUAUCAAGGAUUCUUUGAAUUUCAAUGUGACUAUGAUUUUAGGCAGCUGACAGUUUGUUGGUGGUGA